AUAUACUAAGAUUACCUGCCUAGCCGCUGCUCGAAAUAGUCUUCGAACCUUUAUCGACUGGCCUGACGACGACCUCUCUGAAAUCUACAAACGGGCCUGAACAACCAGCACGCAUGUUCUAGCCGCAGCAGUAAUGCUCCUUUUCGGGAUCCUGCUUUCAUCCGAAGACGAAAAUGGGCUCUUCGAACUCUCUGAGAUGUGGAAUUUGGUUCGUGAAUGCGUUCCUCCGCUUCAAAAGCUCGUGAAGUACAGCACGGUAGCGGCGCGAGACGUCAAGGUGAUUAGUAUUAUGCUGGAUUAUGAUGCAAAGAUACAGCGGAGCGAGUGGAAGAGACUUCAGAUUGUCGAUGUUGUAGCGCGUGUGCUCCAAUGGGAGGGAAUCGAAAGGAACGUAGGGCCUGAGGGAUACCCGGGCAUCCCAGAGAUAGGGAUUGAGGAGGUGGAUAUCAUAAGUAGUGAGUCUUUGAAAGAGAUGCUAGCCUAUAUAGGCAAUGAGUUGGACAUUGCGCGUGGGCCGAGAGAUUUCUGA